AUGUCCACCCAAAAGGCCGUCAUCAUCACUCAACCCAAGACCGAUGGUUUGGUCUCGGAUCGGCCAAUCCCCACUCUCCGCGAUGACUAUAUCCUUGUGAAGAAUGUGGCAGUUGGUCUUAACCCCACUGAUUGGAAGCAUGUGGCGUAUCUUGCUCCCCCUGGAGUCCUUGUGGGAUGUGAUUAUGCGGGUGUUGUGGAGGCCGUUGGGAAGGAUGUCAAGAAGCCAUUCAAAAAAGGAGACCGUAUCUGUGGAUUUGCCCAUGGCUGUAACUCUGUCGAGCCUGAGGACGGAACUUUUGCAGAGUACAUUGUGGUUAAGGGAGACUUGCAAAUGAAAAUCCCCGACCAUUUUAGCUUCCAAGAAGCCGCUACUCUGGGUGUUGGCAUCGGUGCCGUGGGACAGGGCCUCUACCAAAGUCUCAAGCUCCAGCUUCCCUCGGAGCCCGUUAAGGAUGCUACGCCUAUCCUGAUUUAUGGAGGUUCAAGCGCCACCGGUACUCUCGCUAUCCAGUUCGCGAAGCUCUCUGGAUAUACCGUGAUCACAACCUGCUCUCAAAGAAAUUUUGACCUCGUCCGUUCUCUCGGUGCUGAUGCGGUCUAUGACUACAAGGAUCCCCAGUCGGCCGCCGAGAUCCGCAAAUAUACUAACGACAACCUGAAACUCGUGUUUGACUGCAUUUCUCUCGAGUCCAGUGCUGCAUUCUGUGACAAUGCCAUUUCUACCACUGGCGGUGAGUACAGCGCUCUCUUGAGCGUCAAGAUUGCACGUCCGAACGUCAAUGACCGCUUUACUCUUGUCUAUACCAUUAUUGGUGAAGCAUUCAAAUUUGGCGAUAUCCCCUACCCGGCAAAGCCAGAGGACAAAGCCCAUAGCGAGAAGUUCAUCGAUGUUGCUCAGCAUCUGCUUCAGGAGGGCAAGAUCAAGGUUCACCCUCCCAAGGUCGGCAAGAAUGGCUUGAAGGGUGUCCUCGAGGGACUACAGUUACUGAAGACUGACCAAGUCCGUGGCGAAAAGCUUGUCUAUAAUGUUUCCGAGACUCCUUGA